AUGAAUCAAGCAGAAGACGUUGAAGUUAUCCUCGGCCACAAGCGCCGUUACAAGUUCCAUUCUGGAACUUUGGCGCGCAACUCUACCCUCUUCGCCGACAUGUUGACCGAGCCCAACGCAGUGAAGUUGAACAGCCGCGCCAGAAACGCCGGUAUCAAGAUCCGUUGGAUGAUCGAACUAGACGAUCUUCCUUCUGAGCAACACCCCGCCGGUCGUCUUGCACUUGUGGAACUAGGACCAACCGCCGAGCGAAUUGAUGGUCGAAAUGGCCUCAUCGUCAACGAAAAUGGGCGCCUCCCUCAAGCUACUAAGAUCUUCGACCACUACGAGGGUAUCUUCUACGCCUUCUACAAUAAGGAGCUCUCCAUAGACGACUCUGACAUGUCCGCCGCGCUUCAAGAUUGCUACCAACUUCUCCGAAUUGCCGACUACCUAGGCUGCACCGGACUCAUAUCCAAGCCUAUCGAGAUCGCCCUCAUCAAACACGGCCAAGACCUUUUCCGCGCCAUCCAGAAGAAGCCGCACGCGUGGAUUGAGAUGUCCUACCGCAUCCGCAGCGAGCUUAUAUUCCGUGAAUGCAUGAUCCACUUAGUUGGCAACUGGAAGUCUCUCAAAUCCGCCCGCAGCACACUUGAUUGCUUACGUGAAGUCCCCGGUCUACGCGGCUUGAUUGAGAAGUAUCAUCGAGCGAUGCUCAGCCAGUGCAAGUCUGUCGAGCUAGCCAUCAUGUCCCUCUACCCUGGUUCCAUGCGCCUCCCUGUCGAGGACCUUCCCAUCAAGCGAGAAGCCUUUGCCAAAGACAUUUUAGUCUGGAUGGCACUGACCUUUUUCCGCCAUUGGAUCGGACAGCGUCUGAUCAUGGAGAGAGGUCGACACAGCGCUGACUGUGGGUACGAACUUUACAAGCAGAUUGGUACAGCAGGAGAGUCGUACAUGGACAAGUCUGUCAUCAACCAGUUCCACACCAAGUUCCCGAUGACGAAGAAGGCGAUGAAUGUUCUCGAAAACCAUCUGCUCGAGAUCAAGGAGUGCAUGAAGGGCGUUGUCGACCAGCACAAGAUCCUCAAGUCAUACUGCCAGUUAGAUGUUCACCGCUUUCCCGUUGAGUACUUGACUUGUACGGAGUUCAAGAAGGAGGACUAUCCGUGGGAGAACGAGACUGAAGGGCCUAGGGUGCUGCCGGCUAAGCGGGCAUACAAGCCUGGUGGCAACGAUAUUGCGCGCAGGAACCUGGAUUUCGCGAGGAUGCAUCAGGAGAGGAGUUUGAGUGUAGAGGGCGAGGAGAUCAAUGGGAAUGAGGGAGAAUUCGAAACCGACGAGGAUGUUGAGGAUGUCAGGGACAAGCGUGCUAGAAUGGGGUAG